AGUACGAAAUAAAGCCUUUACCUUCUUUCGCUAUCUAGAUCUAGACUUAGAAAUUAGAUCUAGAUCUAGAGUCUAUAUUCUAAUACUAAUAGACUCUAGUAGUCUAGAUCAAAAGAUAAUAUUGAUUAGAAAUUAAUUAGAUUUCAACUAUAAUUAUAUAAUAAUCUAGAUCUAGAUUAUUUCUAGCAGUAGUCAUCUCUUAUCUCUACUGUCAGUAGUACUGAUUAUGACAAUCAUGAUGAUGCCAGGGCCCAGUGUCAGUGAUGGUCUGAUCUAAUCAGUCUUUUUUUAUCAGACUAAUCAAUUCUAAUCUAGAUCAUAGACUAGAUCAUAGAUUGAUAGAUCCAUCAUCCAGUUCGGCUGUUGUCUGUUGAUCCAGGCCAGUACUGGCAGUUGAGUAGAUCAUACUAGAUGGAUACUGAUAGCUGUUUGGAAUCUUUGCAAGAUUUUCUCAAUGCUGACUCAGACAGCAGUGAUGAGGACAACGACAAAGCUGGAGAUAUGAAGACCGGAGUAGCGUGUCCUGGAGAAUCAGAAAUUCUUGCAAGUUUGAUAGAAGAUGAUGUAAAGGAAAGUUCAGUACUAGGUUCCAGAGGUAAAGCGAUCAGUUGUUUGACUGAAAAUAUUUCCGGUGCCACAGAGACUAAAACAUCUGUGACAAUGGCCCUGUCCGGUAAAUCAUCAGUUAUCAAACCUGAAUCUGGUGACAAGGAGAAGGGUAAAGCUUCUAAAGUCAAAGUUUCAAAGUCGAAAGUGCAAACAUCGGCACCUAAACUGGUUCAGAAAGAGUCCACUUCUACCAGUAAUGAAAUAAAACCUGAGCCUAGUCAAGUCAAGCCUGUAAUGCCAGGGAUCAUGUCAACUCAGUCUAUUCAGGAAGAAAUGCUAAAGAUGCAAGCUAAAAUGUUGGAGCUUCAAAGAAUGCUUGAGAUGCAGCAGUCUCAGUUAACCCCUGUCCAAUGUGAUGAGAGGAUGAGCAGUGUAGCAAGCACUAAACUGAGUACGAGUCCUUCUGAAACCCAGUCCUCCAAGAAAACUUCAUCCACCAACAUCACAACAGAGAAAGCCAUCGGUGAUACAGGAAAUAAUAACCAGCUCAAACUCCUCUCUGACGAUGAUCCUUGUUUUUUGACCCAAACUUCCCAGACAGCUAAAAAUCAAAAAGCUCUCCCUCUGAAAAGGGCAGCCCCGAUGCCCAAGUCAAAGCCAAGUAAAAUGGAGGCGGAGUUAUUCGGCGAUAGUGACAGUGACUGGGAAGGGUUAGACGGAGAAGAUAAAAGAAAUUUGUCAGAAGCCGGCCGUGACAUUAAGAGGAUCAUGCACUCCUCUGAGAAGAAACGGGAAGCUCAUCAGCCCAAGUUUGAACUAAGCGAGCCUCUUGGUGCUAAAUCCACGUCAUGGCGAUCCACUUGUAAAGUUGAAGCCGAGGAGCAAAGGUACGUGAACAAAAUGCUAGACAAGAAAGAAAAGGUGGAGAAAAAUGUUUUACAGUGUAAAACGUCAUCUACUAGCCAGGCACAAGCGGCAGCGCCUGUGGCGGAAAAUGAAAAAGUGUACGUUGAUGAGUUUUCUAAAAUAAGAAUCGUAAAUCCUCUUAUUUCCUCGUCCUUAAUGAAAAUGCGAAUGGAAGGCCGAAAGUUAGUCGGAGUUUCCAAAAUUCAUCUUAAGCUGAAAACUCCAGACUUGCAAGGCGAUUGGGUUACAAUAGCUGUCAUAGUGGGCAAAACAGAUGCCAAGUCUUCAAGUUCCGGUAAACCUUAUUGUAUAUGGAAGCUGAAUGAUCUUGAAGACCAUGAAAACUCUGUGAGUUUCUUUCUGUUUGGGGAAGUGCACAAACAUCUGUGGAAGACAGACUUGGGUACAGUAGUUGGAGUUCUCAACCCAUCCAUCAUGGAAUCCAUGGAGAAAAAUAACAGCGAGCCUGCCUUCACCAUAAAAAAUGCCAAUCAACUGAUGAUCAUGGGCAGGUCCAAAGAUUUGGGUUGGUGCGCAGCCAGAACCAAGACUGGCAACAAAUGUGUUAAGUUCAUCAACAAAAAGUAUGGAGAAUUCUGCUCAUAUCAUGUAGCUGCUGCAUACCGAAAGGUGUCCUCAAAAAGGCUUGAACUCCAUGGCAGUGUGAAUGGUAUAAAACCUAAGUCAUUUGAAAAAAAGGUUUUUGCCAAAGAUUGUGCAUAUAUUUACGGCGGAAACACCUACGUCCCAAACAGCAGCCAAAAAGAGAAAAAAAAUGGAAUCACUCUUAAAAAACUCCAACAGAACCUGUUGGGUCAAGGAAAGCAGCAGAAAGUCAACACUCUUACUAUCAGUGAUAUUAAGUCCGAGCCUACGACAGUGAAGCCAUCUGUGCACGACGAUAAGGCUAUUUUUAUGGACUUAAUUAGUAUUCCCAGCCCGGGAUCCAUGAAUCUUGUGGCCUACUUAAAGAAGAAUGAGGGAAAACCUGGCACAACAAGCACACCCCUGCCAAGCAAAGCUGUAGAAAGCAUCACCGCCAAAGACCUCAUCAAGCAGCACAGACAGGUCAUGCAGCGGAAAUUGGCAGAGAAGAAAAAAGCAUCAGAACUUCUGCUGGCCAGUGGUCAGGUGUCAUCGUCUGCCACAGCUGUUGAAAGCAUCACUGACCCUUUGAAGGAAAUUCCUAAGCUAGGUAAAGGCUUUUACUCUGGUCAGCAGAUCUCACUUGAUGUUAAGAGCCGAACAUUAACUGUAGCUGAUCGAACUAAGUUAAAAGCUCUGGCCACCAUUAAAAGUAAAGGUGGUCUCAAAGUGGAGGAUCCAAAUGCUGUGAAAAAAACAGAAGGCAUUGACGCUGAGAAAAUCAGGAAGAGGCUUUCUGAGGACACUGACAAAAACUUACCAUCAUCAACCAGCUCAUUAAGUUUGCCAGGAAAUAAGGCAGCUGAACCACCCAAGAAAAAACCCAGACUUCUGGGUAAUGUGGACCUCAACUCUGAGGAAGUUAAAAAAAUUCUUAAAGCCAAAUCUAAGCACAAAGGAGCACUAGCAGAGGCUGAAGCUGAAAGAGAAGAAGUUUAUUUCAAUGAGUUGGAAAAGAAAGAAAGAAUGGAAGAAAAGUUACAAACAGUAACAUCUAUUGAGAUUACAGUUGUCACAUGCAAACAGUGUCACUACACAGCACAGUCUGCACUUGACUCGUGUAAAAAAGAGAAUCACACACUUGUCUCAAGCAAAGCAAAGAAACGAUUCUUCGUUUGCAAAAAGUGCAAGCACAGGACGCAUGUGAUUGGAGAAAAAUUUCCCACAGCAGCCUGCAGUAAAUGUGGAGUUGUCUCCUAUGAAAAGACUUCUAUGUACAAGAUACGUGAAGGACCCAAGCUGGAGUCAGAGGUUCUCAAUAUACGAGGAGAUGAGAUCAAGUUUCUCAACAGUUUGGACAACAAAGUUUUUCUUAACACUGUUAUUGAUCAGUAAUUUGGCCCGGGGGUGGGGUGGGGGACCACAAACUCUAUAUCUCAGCACUUGUUUCAGUGAGCUAAAACUGUAUCUCAGCACUUGUUUCAGUGAGCUAAGUUUAAUCUCACUAGUUGUGUUUUCAAGGUAAACCUAGAAAAAACUUGAACCUGAUUGAGAAUUUUAUUUCUGUAAGAUAAAAAAAAAGACUUAUCUAUUGUAUGGAAGUAUUUUGAUAAGAUCAUUUCAAUGUAUAAAGUCUUAAUAUAUUGUCAAUGUUACUGGUUGAGAGUAAUUUAUUUUAUGUCAGUAUUUAUCUAUUGUUAUGCUUGUUAUAAAUAAUUUUAUUAUCAUUUUAUUGAUAUGUGAGAAUAAAGUUGA